AGAAGGCAGAGCACAACAGGACACAUAUCGACAUACACACACACAUAAUCUGUUCAUAUACACUGCUGGAGAAUGACAGCCUUACUUGGUGGCUCCAUGAUUCCUUUACUGGGAGUCAGCGUCUUCCUUGCUGCUCUCACCUACAUCACCUACAAGCUGCUCAGCGGUUACCUGCACAAAUGGAUCGAGAUGAGGCCGAUCCCCCAGUUGGAGGGAACGUACCCCUUCAUCGGAAACGCACUGGAGCUCAAAACCGAUUCUGGAGAUUUCUUUCGCCAAGUUGAGCAGUUUACCCGUGAUUUCUAUGACAAACCUCUGUUCAAGCUCUGGAUCGGACCGGUGCCGUUUGUGAUCCUGUAUCACGCGAACACUGUUGAGACACUCCUGAAUAACUCGAUUCACAUGGACAAAGCUUAUUCAUAUAAAUUCCUCCACCCUUGGCUUGGAACUGGCCUUCUUACCAGCACAGGGAAGAAGUGGCGUCAGCGGCGGAAGAUGCUGACACCCACCUUCCACUUCUCCAUCCUGACGGACUUCUUGGAGGUGAUGAACGAGCAGGCGGAGGUCCUGGUGGAGAAGCUGGACAAACAGGCCGGGAAAGGUUCCUUCAACUGCUUCAGUCACGUCACUCUCUGCGCUCUGGACAUAAUCUGUGAAACUGCAAUGGGAAAGAAAAUCUACGCCCAGAGCAACUCGAAUUCAGAAUAUGUUGAAAGUGUUUACAAAAUGAGUGACAUUGUCAGCCGCAGACAGAGGAAGCCUUGGUUCUGGUCGGACAUUGUGUACCACUUCUUCGGUGAAGGUCGGGAGCACGACAAGACACUCAAGAUUCUGCACUCUUUUACAAACAAAGUGAUCCAUGAAAGAACAGAGAACAUUUCCUCGACCGAGUCAGACAGCGAACCUGAGAACGGCAAAAAGAAACGCCAGGCAUUCCUGGACAUGCUCUUGAAGACCGAAGAUGAGGACGGCAACAAGAUGAGCCACCAGGACAUUCAAGAGGAAGUGGACACCUUCAUGUUCGAGGGUCAUGACACCACAGCCGCGUCUAUGAACUGGUGCCUCCAUCUGCUGGGCUCCCACCCUGAGGCGCUCAGCAAAGUUCAGCAAGAGCUGCAGGAAGUGUUCGGUACAUCUGAGCGGGCCGCGAAUAUGGAGGACCUGAAGAAGCUGAAAUACCUGGAUUGUGUGAUCAAGGAAACCCUGCGACUGUUUCCCUCUGUGCCUUUCUUCGCCCGGCGCAUCUGUGAGGACUGUCACAUCAAUGGCUUCAAGAUUUCCGAAGGUGCCAGCGCAAUCAUCGUCACGUACGCUCUUCACCGAGACCCGCGAUACUUCCCCGAACCCGAGGAGUUCAGACCCGAGCGCUUUCUGCCUGAGAAUUCUGUCGGACGGCCUCCGUAUGCGUACAUCCCCUUCUCCGCUGGACUCCGCAACUGUAUCGGUCAGCGUUUUGCAAUGAUGGAGGAGAAGGUGGUUUUGCUGUCCAUUCUGCGGCGCUUCAGCGUGGAAGCUUGUCAGAAACGAGAAGAUCUGCAGCCGAUGGGCGAGCUGAUCCUCCGACCAGAGAAGGGCAUCUGGAUCAAACUGGAGAAGAGGACGAGUCAGACUCAAUCAAACUAGAGCCUCAUGGUGUUUAUGUACAUUUCCUCCUCUCAGACUCGAAUGAUGGUGUUUUUUUCCCUUCAUCAUUGUCAUCACAAGCACAAAAAAUAAGCCUCGUAAAAAUAUACAGACAUUUUCUCUCUUUUCUUACACUCUCAAAAGCUACACGUUGCACUUUUCGGACAAUAACAUUCAUAAAUUAAACGGAAAACUUGCUGCUUAAGAAUGAACUAUUUUUAGAAAAAUGAACUGGUCAUUUUGAAGCUCAUUAUUGAAUAUCAACGGGAUGAGAAUGAGAUAAAUGGGGCUACUGCACUGGAAUCAGUCACUGCCAUCUGCUUUCUGGGUCACGUACUUUAUAGAUAGAUUUUUUGGAACAAACGAAAAAAUCUAUACUUCAUAUACUUCAUUAAACCAUUAAUUUAAUAUCUAUAAUCCAAUGAUUAACAAGUAUCUGUUGCAUCUCUGUUUUUGUCACCAGCUCCAAAGAUGAGUCUUUCAGUCAAGCAGAACUUCCUCUGAAUGUUAAUUUUCAAACCCAAACAACUGCAGUCGUUUCUUUCUGUGAUUCCAAACCUCAUCUCCUAAAGUCUGUUUAUUUCUUUAUAUUCUGAUUAAUUCAUUUAUCCACAGGGACCUUCUCACUGUGUAUUUGUAUUUCCCUGUUUUUGUGCGAGUCUGACUGUUUGGAACAGUUUGUGUUACUGAGGAAAUGGGACAUUGAAGAAAGUAUUUCAUUAUGUAAACCUGUUCCACACAAUAAAAUGUUUGAUACACUUUAAUUCAAAA